AUAAAAUUCAAUGACUGAUUCAUAUAGAAGUGAUAUAGUAAGAAUUUAGAAAUUGAUCUAAUAAAUAAGAUCUGACAUACAGAAAAGAGAAUAAAAGAUAAAUGUCAAUCAACCAGUUGGAAUUAUUGAUGCAGAUAUUAGAUAAGGCAUCUCUAAACUAGGUAUUUGGAUUUAAAUAUAUAUUUAAAGAAAUAGAAAUAGAAUUGUUAAAAUCACUUAUUGGGAGGCAAAACCGAAAUCAAGAAAUAUUGUAGAAAGAAGGAGAAACAAGAAAAAAUACAUUAUUGGAAUUGUAGAAUGUAGCUGCGGAAUUAAAACAAAAUUUUGACAAGUCUUUGAGAUCUUAAAAGGAUUAAUUAUUUAAUGAUAGGUCUAAUGGGGGUAAGCAAUAUAAGGACACAGAGACAUUAUAACAAAUGGAUAAAAAAUAAUUGCAUUAUAAUUAGAAACAAUUGCAAAAAGAGUAAGAUGAGAAACUCGACGUUUGUUUAGAUUAAUUGGAUACUCUUAAAUGGAAAGGUAAGAUCAUUUGGAAUACUGUGGAUGAAUAAAAUAGAUUGCUUAUUUAAAUCGGCAAUGAUAUGGAUAAAACAAAUAAGGAAAUGAUCAAUGUGAAUGGAAAAUUGAAAAAGGUUCUGAAUUCGUCAUCCUACUGUUGCCUACAUCUAUUUAUAGCAUUUGAAUUAGUUGGAUUAAUAAUGAUUAUUCUUUUUGCUUGA